CCUAUUCCAGUUCCAGACAGUGCUCAACAAGUUUCAUCGGCGAGGGAUCUUGACAAUUAUAAACCCUGCUCUGGCAGGACCGGCAAUUGUUUUCCCGAUUUCCUCUCCGAAUAAGAUGAUGGGUGGCCAGGCUGAUGAGCCACCUCCUCCUGGUGUCCCAUCCCUACCGAGUUUGUCACCGGGUUUAUGUUCCAGUAGUGGAUCCUCUCUGCCAUCUACUGGAUUUGGAACUGCCCUUUUCCCUGUUCCCCCUUCUAGCACAGCCACUUCAGUGUCAACAGCUUCUAAUUCAUCAUAUACCCAGACAUUCACAUACAGUCAUCUUGAAUCUGUUGCUCCCACAAAUCAAAACAUGAGAGUGGAUGUGUCUGAAACAGCUAUUAUGCAGCCUAAUGAAUGCUCCAGUGGUUCCCUUAUGCCAUUGGAGAGAGGGAAUGAUAUUGAAGCCGUGGCUCAAAAUGCAGUGCUGCAUGAACAAGAGGUUGCUACUCAAUUGGUCAUACAGAGCCAAAGAGAAUCUAAAAAUGAUGCUGAACAUCGUGAAGAUAAUAAAGAUAUUUUGUCUGGAAGGCAUGAUCCCAAUGCGCUUAAGGAACAUCUUCUGAAGAUGACCGCUCAGCAUCGGACAGAAAUAUCCUUAAAACGUGGCAGGCCUACAGUCAUGGAUGAAGGUAAUUUGGAUAUUGGUAAUGGAUACGGGGUCCCUGGUGGAGGUGCAUAUUAUGGUGCUUCAGUUCAGAAUCCCAAAACCCAGGAUCUGAGUGGUGGCUCCGAACAGAACCCAACGAAUAAAGACAUACCUGAAUAUCUCAAGCAUAAAUUGAGAGCUAGAGGUAUUCUCAAAGAUAAUCAUAUUGCAGAGCAUUCUUUGAAGCCAGAGAGUAGAUUGAAUGCCGAGUUACCUCAGGCAGCUGCACCAUUAAAUCUGCCUCCUGGAUGGAUCGAGACAAGGGACCCUGAAAGUGGUGCGGUAUUUUAUUAUCAUGAAAGUUCGGGAAGAAGUCAGUGGGAUAGACCUGUGGAUGCAUAUUCAAUUUCUCACUCUGUGAGUCUUCAAGAUGAUUGGAUAGAAGCUUUGGAUGAAACCUCAGGCCAGAAAUACUAUUAUAACACAAAAACCAAUGUGUCUCAGUGGGAGCACCCUGGAGCGCAGCAUCGGAUCAUCCCACAGUCAUAUGGUGGAACAACAGCCUAUGACGCAUUGCACGGGAAUCCAUCCAGUUUCCCUAGAUGCUUAGGAUGUGGUGGGUGGGGACUAGGUCUUGUGCAAUCAUGGGGAUAUUGUUGUCACUGCACCCGGCUUCUCAAACUUCCACAGAGUCAAUACCUAUCAGUUGCUGCAGUAAGCCACCAGCAUGUUGUGACCAAUGCUCCUAGAAAUCAGGGAGGUUUGGAAAAUAGGCCUUCAAAACAGAGGUCUGAUACAAAACCGCCACUUGGGAGAGGUAAGAAGAGAGUCUACAGUGAGGAUGAUGAAUUGGAUCCCAUGGAUCCAAGUUCCUACUCAGAUGCUCCUCGUGGCGGUUGGGUUGUUGGCCUUAAAGGAGUACAGCCCAGAGCUGCAGAUACAACUGCUACGGGACCUCUUUUUCAGCAGCGGCCUUACCCUUCUCCCGGGGCAGUCCUACGUAAGAACGCCGAAAUUGCUUCACAGAAGAAGAAGCAUGAUUCCAGUUAUGCUCCCAUAUCGAAGAGAGGAGAUGGAAGUGACGGCCUUGGUGAUGCUGAUUGAUUGAAUCAAUGGCGCCAUUGUGAUGUUCCCUUGCCUUGUUCAUUUUGAUGAAGAAUGAGUGGCUUCUGAUAUUCUCUAUGGCAGAUUCUAGAGGUUGUUGAACAACAAUACAUAAUUAAGCAGCACUGCCAAGCUAUCUAAAAUUUUUCAUACAUUAGCAUCUUCUUUCUGAUCUUAAAGCUCUUCUUGUACAUUGUAUAGCUUUGGAAAUUUCCUGCAAUUUUUCUUUUAAGAUUUUUGGAAUGUGUAAGGAGUAGUAGUUGAAUGGAGUUUGUUUGGAAUGUUUAUCUUU